GCCACGGUUAGCCAGAGAUAAUUGUCACAAUAAAAAUGUUUUCAGGAUAAUAAAUAAUUGUACCCUUUAGAUUUGCAUAAUUCAGUUCCAGCAGUGCAUCCGCGUCCCUCUCUCUCCCCAUUUUCACACUGUUAGGGUUUCAGGAGGCGCCGCUUUUGCUGUGCUCGAUCUGAAAGCGUGCUGUCCACUUGCGCUCUCGCCGGCAGUCAUCUCGGCUUCAGUUGGACUAUAGAGACUGCGCGUGUGGUCGGGGGAACAGAUUUGAUUUUACUCGAGAGGUACAUCAUAUCACAAUGGAAGUCACUCAAGUUCUUCUCAAUGCCCAAUCACACGAUUCAACUGUUCGGAAUCACGCAGAAGAGACUCUAAAACAAUUUCAGGAACAAAACCUUCCUGCUUUUCUUAUAUCUCUAUCCGGUGAGCUUGCAAGUGAAGAUAAGCCAGUUGACAGCCGUAAAUUAGCUGGGCUGAUACUUAAAAAUGCUUUGGAUGCAAAGGAACAACAUAGGAAGUAUGAGCUUAUGCAAAGGUGGCUAUCACUGGAUGGGUCUAUGAAGGCUCAGAUCAAGGCAUGCUUGUUACAGACCCUUUCUUCUCCUGUCUUGGAUGCUCGUUCAACUGCUUCCCAAGUGAUUGCAAAGGUUGCCGGCAUUGAGUUGCCACACAAGCAAUGGCCUGAGCUUAUAGGAUCAUUGUUGUCGAACAUUCACCAAGUUUCCGCUCAUGUAAAGCAAGCCACUCUGGAAACUCUGGGGUAUUUGUGUGAGGAAGUUUCUCCUGAUGUUGUCGACCAAGAUCAAGUGAAUAAAAUACUUACAGCUGUGGUUCAGGGUAUGAAUGCAACUGAAGGCAAUGAUAUUAGGCUUGUUGCCACUAGAGCUUUGUAUAAUGCUCUGGGCUUCGCUCAGGCAAAUUUUAACAAUGAUAUGGAGCGUGAUUUUAUCAUGAGAGUUGUUUGUGAGGCUACUCUCUCUCCUGAUUUGAAAAUUCGACAGGCUGCUUUUGAGUGUUUGGUGUCUAUUUCAUCAACAUACUAUGAGAAGUUAGCCCCAUACAUCCAAGACAUCUUCAACAUAACAGCCAAGGCUGUAAGGGAGGAUGAGGAGCCUGUAGCUCUUCAAGCCAUUGAGUUCUGGAGUUCAAUAUGUGAUGAGGAGAUAGACAUUUUAGAAGAAUAUGGGAGUGAAUUCUCAGGAGACUCUGACACUUCAUGUUUUUAUUUCAUUAAGCAAGCUCUCCCUGCUCUUGUACCCAUGCUUUUAGAAACACUUCUCAAGCAAGAAGAAGAUCAAGACCAAGAUGAAGGUGCAUGGAACCUUGCAAUGGCUGGAGGAACAUGCCUUGGUUUGGUUGCCCGUACAGUUGGUGAUGAUAUUGUUCCACCCGUAAUGCCAUUCAUAGAAGAAAACAUUACAAAACCUGAUUGGAGGCAGAGAGAAGCUGCCACAUAUGCAUUCGGUUCCAUCCUGGAAGGUCCUUCCCCAGAAAAGUUAACACCUAUUGUCAAUGUUGCUCUAAACUUCAUGCUCACUGCUCUGACCAAAGACCCCAAUAGUCAUGUAAAAGACACUACAGCUUGGACUUUGGGCAGAAUUUUUGAGUUUCUUCAUGGAUCAAUGCUUGAAUCAACUAUUUUUACCCCUGCAAAUUGUCAGCAGAUAAUCACAGUUCUCCUUCAUAGCAUGAAAGAUGCUCCAAAUGUUGCAGAGAAAGCAUGUGGCGCUCUCUAUUUUCUUGCACAGGGAUAUGAAGAUGUUGACUCACCAUCUCCCCUGACCUCUUUCUUCCAAGAGAUUGUACAGGCUCUUUUAACAGUUACCCACCGUGAAGAUGCUGGAGAAUCUAGGUUAAGGACAGCUGCAUAUGAGACACUGAACGAAGUUGUGAGGUGCUCUACUGAUGAAUCAGCAUCCAUGGUGGUUCUACUUUUACCAGUCAUCAUGAUGGAGCUCCACAACACUCUGGAGGCACAGAAACUCUCAUCUGAUGAAAGAGAGAAACAAAGUGAGCUUCAAGGUCUUCUAUGUGGUUGCUUACAGGUCAUCAUUCAAAAACUUGGAACAGGAGACCAAGCAAAAUUUGUAUUCAUACAGAAUGCGGAUCAGAUAAUGAAUCUCUUCCUCAGGGUUUUUGCUUGCAGAAGUGCCACUGUACAUGAAGAAGCCAUGCUUGCCAUUGGAGCACUUGCUUAUGCACUGGGCUCUGAUUUUGUGAAAUACAUGACAGAGUUUUACAAGUACCUGGAAAUGGGUCUUCAGAACUUUGAGGAGUAUCAAGUUUGUGCUGUAACUGUAGGGGUUGUUGGUGAUAUAUGCAGAGCUUUGGAGGACAAAAUACUGCCUUUUUGUGAUGGUAUAAUGACUCUUCUGCUUAAAGAUUUGUCAAGCAACCAGCUCAAUCGAUCUGUGAAGCCUCCAAUAUUUUCAUGCUUCGGAGACAUUGCAUUGGCUAUAGGAGUGGAGUUUGAGAAGUACUUAAUGUAUGCUAUGCCAAUGCUACAGAGUGCUGCAGAGUUGUCUGCACACACAUCGGGUGCUGAUGAGGAGAUGAUUGAGUAUACCAAUCUUCUUAGAAAUGGUAUCCUGGAGGCAUACUCUGGGAUUCUUCAGGGAUUCAAGAAUUCUCCCAAGACCCAUCUUCUUUCCCCUUAUGCACCCCAUAUUCUACAGUUUCUCGACAGUAUUUACAUGGAGAAAGACAUGGAUGAUGCAGUGACAAAAACAGCUAUUGGGGUGCUUGGUGACCUGGCAGACACGCUGGGAAGUAAUGCCGGUUCUUUGAUUCAACAGUCUGCGUCAAGCAAAGAUUUUUUGAACGAAUGUUUAUCCUCAGAAGACCAUUUGAUCAAGGAAUCUGCAGAAUGGGCCAAAUUGGCCAUAACUCGCGCCAUUUCAGUUUGAGAUGAUAAUAUGUCCAUCUCCUGAUACACAUAAAAUUUCCUUAUUAGGAGUCGAGUCCCUGCAUGCUUGCAUAUGGUUGUGUCGAGUCGGGUUCCAAGAUGCAUUCACAUGUCAUCAAAGGUCAUUGCACAUUUUAUCAUCAGGGAGCCACUAGUCUUCCAUCAAGUUGAGUCACUAACUCAUGCACCAGCGUCAUGGGGUCCAUUCAUUGCUGUCAGGUGUGCGUCGGAGGGUUGAAGUUGAAGGGGGAUGUCUGUCAAAUAACUAAUAUUUGCAUCAUUGGGUGUACGAAAUGGGGUUUCAGGGUUGGGGAGUGGGGUAUGGGGAGGGGUAUGGGAACGGGGCGGGGGCUGCUCUUAUUGUUGAAUGGACAACUCAGGUUGGUGGUGCUGGGUUACGGGGUCAACUACUUCUUGCAAGAAGUGCUACAAGGGUUGCUGAUUUCUCAAUGGGAGGUGUCAAUGUACAAGUCAAGUUUUUUUUUGUCUGCAUUUCAGGUCCAUGUUUUCUUCCAUGUCCUCAUGAAAUACACUUUUUUGGGUCAGUCUGUUGUAUUGUCAUAGUUGGUUGCAUCCUGUUUUUCAGGUUGGAUUGCAUCUCAUUCAUUUCAUUUCCUGACCCUUGUUGAAGGGGUUGAGGUUUACAUGUUAUCAGUUAGGGCAAUUUGGUUUUGCAUUAUUUUAUAUUUUUACCUGUUUACAGCUAGGCUUAUUCUCCCGAGUCAAUGCUAUAAAAUACUUUGCAUCCAAGAAAAAAGCAUAUUGUUCUUAUGUUGUGGACUCUCCUCCCAACUCCAUUUUUUAUCACAGUUAUUAUGAUAUGUUCAACUUUUGCGUGUGAUAAAUGUACGCUGGAAACCUCUACAUCGUAGUCACUACACACAGUGAUGAAGAUAUUAUCAACUCUAUUUUGGCAAAGCCAAAAUUGUUGAUGUUCCUUUUGCAAAGAAAAGAAUGUAUAACUGUACAAGUGUAUGACUUUUCAGGUAUGAUAACAUUAAAAUUCCAAGCUUUUUCAUAGUACUUCGACUAAAACCAUUGCUUGUUGUUGACUUGUUGGCAUUAUGACAAUUUUUGAAUUUAUAUCCUUUUUUGAAAAUGGCUAUGAUGUAUGAUUAGGG